CGAGGAGGUGCUGCUGCGCUCCGUGCCCGCCCCGGGGCCCGCGCUGUGGCCCUGGCAGACGGAGGACCACGGCUGGCAGCGGCCGGCGCGGCCGACCCACGGCCUCCUCGUCGACGGCGAGUGGGUCGGCGCGCCCGGGGCGCGGGUGCGCCCCGGGAGCCCGGCGGUGAGGCUGUGCAGCGUGUCGGAGGAGCCGCUGCCCCGGGGCCUGCGGGGCGCCUACCGGCCGGCUGGGAUGCUGAACGGCCGCGUGUUCUACGCGCAGGACGGCUCGGCGGGCCACGACCUGGGGGAGGAUGGUUACGUGGGCCAGCUGUACGUCUGGUACGCCGAGGACCGGGGGCAGUGGGUGGUGUCCGUGCCGGAGCACCUUGGCGACUCCUCGAUCGUGCGGGCGCGGGUGUCGUCCAGGGCGUGGUGGCCCUGGGAGGCCCACCUGGGCAGCUGCACCAGCCCCUCGGCUCUGGGGGCGCUGGUGCCGACUGCGGUCGCGCCGCCCUGGGAGGGCAGCAAGUUCGGCUACGCCGCCAGGGCGCCCUGCUGGGAAGCGUACGACGGGGAGGACUUCCGGCCCGUGCCCCACCUGGCGAUCAGGAUGGAGGUGCCCAGCCAGUGCGAGGCGGUCGGCAGGGAGGGGGCGCAGCACCCCUUCCUCGGCGCCUACGACCUCGCGGAGAUGCUGGGCGGCCGGCCGUACUUUGUUCAGCGGCAGCCCCUGUUGCAGGACGACAGCUCGCCAUCCAUGGGGAAGCAGGCCUCGCUGCAGUCUGUUCCCGGAUAGCUCUCUGAGAUCUGAGAGGGUUUCAGAUUAAGAAACCAGAGCCGCACCGUUGGCCCUGAGCUCGUUCCGGCCUCCGGCAGAACACCUCGGAGAAGUUGCUUGAUCUCGCAGCGUGUCCCGAGAGCCUUUUUCUAAAAGCGUGUCCCGAGAGCCCGGAAGCUCUCCAGAAGGUCCUUCGGAAGGUCUCUUCAGGUCCUUACAGAGUACUUCGACAGGCCUUUCCACGUCCUUCCGGCGCCCUGCUAUCCGGGUUUUUGACGUCAUAAGUGGGCAAGCAGGCCAUGUUGGCCGCCAAGCGGUGCUUCGUCAUCUGGUACUCGGAGGACUCUGAACACUGGGUCGUCACCGAGGACUUCCGGCUGCUCUACGACCUGCUGGACUCCUACCACGUGAGCGCGCGCGCCGCGGAUACCUGCUGGACGCCGUGGGAGGUUGCGGGCCGCUGCUGGGAGGUGCCCGACGGCUCCGGAGGCUGGGUGCGCGACCCCGAGCUCAGCAUCCGGCCGUUGCGGUGACGCCUCGA